AUACUUGCCCGUAUCCUCGAGGCCCUCGAGUAGUCUUCGUAGCCUCGCUCCCAAGUACGUUGUGUACGUACGCACAUAAUCAUGGCUGCUGUCAGCUAUCAAUUGGAAGAUUUGAGAAAGCAGGCCCGGCACCUAGAAAAUGAGAUUGAUCUUAAGCUGGUGUCCUUCAGCAAGCUGGGAACAAGCCUCGGAUCACGUGAUCUCAAGCAGGAUAGCUUGGAUACAGUGCCACUGCUGAGCAGCCCUAACAGCGAUCACAUGUUUGAAACAAUGGCUCUUCAAGUUGAGCAGCUGCUUGCAAAAUUGGGCCAGGUGAACGAGCAGAUGUCAGCCCACUGGCAAGGCGCGGCACCCGGAGGUGGAACCACGAUGCUGCACACGCUCCAGAGGCACCGCGACAUCCUGCAGGACUACAUGCACGAGUUCCAGAAGACUCGCUCCAACAUCCAGGCUCGCAGGGAACGGGACCAGCUGCUAGGCUCUGUGCGCAGGGACAUUGAUUCGUACAAGAAUGCCUCCAGCCUGAGCCGUCGCUCCGAAGCCUACCUCAAGGAGCACGAGCAUCUCAGAAACUCCGAUCGACUGGUGCACGACCAGAUCAACAUUGCCAUGCGGACAAAGGACGAACUCAAGAGUCAACGUGGAGCGAUGAAGGCAAUUCAAACGAAAAUGACAACGUUAGCGAAUCGCUUCCCAAUGAUUAACAGCCUGGUACAGAGGAUCAACCUGAGGAAAAGAAGAGACACCAUCAUCCUGGGUGUGGUCGUGGGCCUCUGUGUAGUUCUCCUAAUGUUGUACGUGACACACUAACAGCAAAAGCCCGUCGCUAAGCUGUCGACCAGUGUAAAAAUGUAAAUAGUCGCCAUUCCCGACGGGUGGCUCUCACCUCUGCUACAUGUUGACCAUCCACGCUACGUGUUGACCUUUUUUCUGUGGGGGAAAUAAAUAUUUUAUAGAAUUA